CAAAGAAGCCUUAAUGUAAGGCAAAUAAUACAAAGUCAUGCUGAGAUAGAAGAUUAAUAAUGGAAGACUAAUCCAUCAUAGCUUUAGAAGCUAACAAGUGAGCUACCCUGUUCCUAUCUCUCUUAACAAUUUGAAAAAGAGAUAUAGCGAAAAUAUGGGUAAAAUGAGAAAUGUCCUGAAUAAUACUCUAAAUGUCUUGUGGAACAGUGACACCAUUAAGACUGCCGAUCACAAUUUGAGAGUCUCCUUCUAAAAUGAUGCUUUGAAAUCCUUUGUGCUGAGCAAGAAUAAUGGCUAUCUACAGGCCAUUCCUUCUAGGAUGAGAGGAUCUGAUAUGCCAAUUACACGCUUGCAAGACCAACCAAUAAGAUUACCAAGAUGAUCCCAAGCUAUCAUCACAACUGACCCCAUAUUCUUUUUCGAAUUGGUGGCUGCAUAUCAAAAUUGAGCUUAGUGCAACCAGGGUUAAACUUCCUCUAAAAUUGAGUUGUAUUGUCGAGGACGAGCGAAAGUCUUCAAAGUGAGAAUUUGUGGCUGAAAGGACUUGGUGGAAAGGCAACACAUUAUCGUUAAAGAUUUGCCAGUUUCUAUUCUUCCACACUUGCCAUAAAGAUAAACACAAAUAGAGAACAAAGAUUAUGCAUUGGGGCUUGAUGCCGAAAAUUAGAACAAUUCUCCACCCAACAAUCGAUCAAACUUUGAUGGAUUUUAGGUAGGCAAAGAAAAGGUGGUGUGUUGUCUCUAUAUGAUUGCAAAAAGGGCAAUCUAAUGGGAUGUCAUGAAAUUUGGAAUUCAACAAGGCUCAAGUAGGAAUUUUUCUUUAAGAAAUCUCCAAAGGAAAACACUUAACUUUGGUUGUAAAGGGAAUCUUCCAAAUGUUCCUCCAAAAGGUACUUAAAUUGGCUUGAGCAUUUGGACCUGGGCCAGCUAAACCUGCAAAAGAAUUCAUCAUUUUUGUGUGAUGAGCUAGGUGAUACCCGGAUUGAAUUUAAUAUAAUCCAGUUUGAGCGAAAUGCCAACACAGUCAAUCUUCUCUAUCAAUCAUACUGGUAGGAAUAGCCAUGAUAUUAUCAAUCUCUAAUUCCUGGAAGACUUAAGCUUUGCAGUGUCCCAUUUACAAUUAACCUUGUCAAAGGGUUGGGAUACUCAAUUGAUAAAAGGAUUGGCAUUCUCUUUUACUUUUGACUAAUUAGGAAAAGAUUUGGGUAUCCACUUGCCCUCUUUGCAAAGAAUAGAAUUCCCAUCUUGAACUUGCCAUCGAAGACCUUGCAUAAGCAGUUACUCCUCCAUCCCCAUAAAGGCCUACUACUUGUUUGAGCAUCCAAAAGGGAGGAAGCAUGAAAGUAUUUUCCUUUGAGUACUCUUGUGAGAAGAGCAUUCGGGUUGGUAAGGAGCCUCUAUCCUUGCUUUGUCAACAUCACUUGGUUAAAACAUUCAAGAUCCUUAAAACCCAACCCUCCUUGAGAUUUGCCAAUGCAUAAACUUCGCUAAGAGAUCUAAUGCUGACACCUUUCAUAUUUGGUUUGAUCCACUAAAAAUUAGAAAUCAUCCAAUUAAUUUGUUGGCAAAGAGAAUGGGAAACUUAAAACAAGCCAUCACAUACACUGGUAUAGCCAUAGCAACAGAUUUAAUACACUAAAGUUAAAGGGCUUUAAGUUAAGUAAAACGAAGACGGAAUACAUGCAUUGUAAGUUCAGUGAACGCCAAACUAGUGAUAGGGAAGGAGUUAGUUUGGAUUGAGUGGUACUGUCCCAAAGUAAUCACUUUAAAUAUCUCGGCUCAGUCCUUCAAGUAAAUAGGGGAUGUUAGGAGGAUGUUAGUCAUAGGAUUAAAGCCAGACGGUUGAAGUGGAGACAGGCCACGGGAGUUUUAUGUGAUCGCAAGAUUCUCAAUAAGUUGAAAGGAAAAUUUUACUGUACAGCCAUACGACCGGCUAUGUUAUAUGGUAGUGAGUGUUGGGCAUUGAAGGAGUCGUAUGCGUCUAAGAUAAGAGUUGCAGAGAUGAGAAUGUUAAAGUGAAUGAGUGGCUAUGCUAGACUAGAUAAAGUCCAUAAUGAGAAUAUUAGAGAAAAGGUAGGAGUGGUGCCAAUUGAGGAUAAGUUGAGAGAAGGGAGAUUGAGGUGGUUUGGUCAUGUGAAGUGUAGACAUACGGAGGCUCCAGUUAGACAAGUAAAGCACAUUAGGUUAGAGGAUAGAAAGAAAGAAAGGGAUAGACCUAAAUUGACUUGGAAGAAAUUAGUACAACAUGACCUAGAAACAUUACACAUUUCUGAGGAUUUAACCCAAAAUCGUGUAGAGUGAUGAAAGCAAAUUCAUGUAGCCGAUCUCAAAUUUUUGAGAUAAAGGCUUAGUUGAGUUGAGUAAAACUAUCAACAAAUUCUUAAUUUUUUUUUAUUAAAAAAUGAGAAAAAAAAUUUAAAAUAAGGUUCGAUACCAUUGAUGAUUUUAUUUAUUAAUUUAAAUUACGCUUGUUGGAAUUGCUUUAAGAAUUUUUAACUUUGAUCCUUCCUUAUAUUAAUGUCCCCCUCUGUUGAGCCCAUGAAUGCAAGCCCAAUUCAACAGGACUCUCUCUUCUGGGUUCCAAUACUGUUUGAAACUUCCGCGAAUACCCAGCCUUCAAGAAUACCAAACCUUGCCGCCUACACCUCUUCUCUCCCUUCCUUUCUCUCUGAAUUCUCAUAUUUGUUGUCAACUCUCUGAAACAAUCCCUUUCCUUCACUCCCCUCCUCUUCCUUCCUCAAGAAUGACUUCCAAAGCAAAGCAUCCUUCUUCUUCUAUAUAUCACCCGCGUCCCUUCAUCAUUCAAUCAAUUCCCAACUCCACAACCUGCAAAUUUUCUCCUCCUUUCUUGUCUCAAUUCUAUCUUCUCCUUCUGUUUCAACCAAAAAAUGGCAUCCCAAGAAAUUUUGGCAUCUCAGAAGUCCAAUAAACCCUCCGAAGAACCCGAAACAAUCCCUCUUGAAACAGAACCCUCCACUCCUCUGAUUCCACCAUCCAAGUACUCGAACCGGGUGGUCUUGAGAACAAUAAUAGAACGAAGUGAUGGAGGGGUUGGAUUGGUGGGUGAGACAAUGGUGAUUGGUGGGUGGGUGAAGUCUGCCAGGGUGGUAAGGAAAGACCCUCCGCCACAGUUGCAGUCCGAGGAUAAUGAUGGGAUUGUUGUGCGUCCAGGGCUUAAAGAAGUCGGCUGCAUGGAUAUUCUUCAAAAUCAAGUGCCCAUAUUCAGUUCAACAUCAAAUAUUUUCGAUGGUAGCGGCAAUUACCCAGCUCGUGCAAAGUUGCAGCCUGCGCCCUCUAAACGAGUUGCAACCUCUAAACCUCCUCCUCUAAUUCUUAACUUGCUUGUUAUCGAUGGUUCUUGUGUUGACAGUCUCCAGGUUACGAUAGAGUUCUCUGAUGACUUCCCAAUCCGACCACUGCCUACUGGAACUUGUAUAUUAGCGGAAGGUGUCCUAAGUCAGUUACCAGCGCAGGGAAAACAUAGCAUUGAGUUUAAAGUAAAUAAAAUCCUUCAUUUAGGAACGGUGGAAGAUGAUAAGUAUAUUUUAUCAAAGAAGCGAUUGCCGUUGGAGACCUUGAGAGACUAUUCUCAUCUUCGGCCUCGGACAACUACGGUGGCAUCUUUUAUGCGAAUCCGUAGUGCCUCGACUUUUGCAACUCACACAUUCUUCCAAGUUAAUGGGUUUUUCAGUGUGGAAGUGCCCAUUUUAACAACCACAGAUGAAGGAUUUAGUGCAAAGUUCCAGGUUACUAGCCUUUCUGCUAAAGAAGUUAAAAAGGAGGAGCCAAAGAUCACUGGUGAUACUGAAGCUCUUGAAGUUGUCAAGGCUGCCAUAAAGGAGAAGAAUAAUCUAAUUCAACAACUCCAGAGAAGUGACAGCGACAGGGAGGCAUUGCUCGCAGCAGAGCAGGAUUUGCUCAAAACAAAACAAUUGGCAUCACAAUUAGAAGAAAAAGAAAAACUUAGGUUGGAAACUUUGAAGGCUGCGAAUAUUCCUGAAGAUUUCUUCUCUCAACAUACUUAUCUAACAGUUUCUGGUGUCCUCCAUCUGGAAAGCUAUGCAUGUGGCCUCGGAAAUGUCUACUCAUUUGGACCCAGGUUUUUAGCAGAUAGAAGGUUAUCCACAAAACAGGCGGCAGAGAUGUGGAUGGUUGAGGCUGAAAUGGCUUUUUCAGAACUAGAGGAUGCCAUGAACUGUGCAGAAGACUAUUUCAAGUUCCUCUGCAAAUGGGUUUUGGAGAAUUGUUCAACGGACAUGAAAUUUGUUUCGAGACACAUUGACAAAACCAAUCUUCUUGAAGCAAUGAUAUCAUCUUCAUGUGAAAGGAUCACCUACAUGGAAGCAGUAAAUGUUUUGAAAAAGGUUGCUGAUAGAAAAUUUGAAACUGAACCUGAAUGGGGCACUGAAUUAACAUCUCAACAUCUAAGUUAUUUGGUUGAUGAAAUCUAUAAGAAGCCUGUAAUUGUAUACAACUUCCCAAAAGAAUUCAAGCCAUUCUAUGUACGGUUGAAUGAUGAUGGAAAAACAGUUGCCGCAUUUGAUAUGGUUGCACCCACGGUUGGAAAAUUCAUCACAGGUAGCCAAAAGGAAGAGCGCUUCGAUUUGCUAAAUGAAAGGAUAAAUGAACUAGGCUUGCCCAAAGAGCAGUAUGAAUGGUACUUAGAUCUUCGCCGGUAUGGAACAGUCAAGCAUUCUGGUUUUACUCUUGGGUUUGACCUUAUGGUUCUCUUUGCCACUGGGCUUCCUGAUGUCAGAGAUGUGAUUCCUUUCCCCAGAAGCAGUGGCAAAGUUGACAACUAAACAGGCUGCAAGAAAGAAUCAUACCUCCAACAAUGGAAUAUCAUGCAUAAAAGGCAAAAAAAAAAAAGUUGUAUACAUGUAAAUAUGUAAAUGUAAAUGCUGACACAAAAUACAAGAAAGGUGCAUGCUAGAUCAAGAGCAUUAUUUUAAAUGCAGGUUCACCUGAUGUAUACAGAGAAAAUAUUGGUUGAAAUAAAGUUGUUCCAACUUUAUGCA